AUGCUGCCUCCCGUCCCCCGACUCGAAGACUACGGGGUCUCUCCAGACAGAGGCUUCCUCCCUCCCGAAAACCCGCUACAAUGUCUUCCCCAUCCUGUCUACGACCGCUGGGAGCGGAUCAUGAACAACUUUCAAUCCCUACUACUCUCCAAGAGACUCCGAACUGUGAUCGACAGACUGCCAAUCAUGCCAGCAGCCCAUCUCGAGACCGAACCCGAGUGGCGAAGAGCAUACAGUAUUCUUACAUUUAUGGCGCAUGGGUACAUCUGGGGCGGCGACAAGCCCUCUGAAAGAUUGCCUCCUUCGAUAACAUAUCCACUUCUCCAGGUAUCAGAUCACCUGGAGUUACCCCCGGUCGCCACUUAUGCCGGGUUGUGCUUGUGGAACUUCAAACCCAUCUUCUUGUCCGAACCUCUCGUCCUCGAUAACCUCUCUACCCUCACCACAUUUACCGGUUCGCUGGACGAACAAUGGUUCUAUCUAGUCAGCGUGGCUAUGGAAGCAAAAGGUGGGCCUUCCAUACCCAUCAUGCUCCAGGCAAUUCAAGCUGCAAGAGAUGAUGAUGCGCAAACCGUGACAAAGAGCCUUCAGUCCUUUGCCCAAACGCUGGACGAGCUUGGCACUUUGUUGGUGAGGAUGUACGAGAAUUGUGAUCCACACGUCUUCUAUAACCGGAUAAGACCGUUCUUGGCUGGCAGUAAGAACAUGAAGGAUGCAGGCUUACCACACGGCGUCUUCUACGAUGACGGAAGCCGUAAUCGCUCGACGUGGCGGCAAUAUGGAGGUGGUUCGAAUGCACAGAGCAGUAUGAUCCAGUUCUUUGACAUCGUCCUCGGUGUCGAGCACAGACCGACAGGGUCGAAGAAAGACGAAACAUCCGAAUCGGAAGCCGAGCCAGGAGCUGCGCCGAAGCCUCGACACAAUUUUAUUCACGAAAUGAGACAGUAUAUGCCUGGACCACAUCGGAGGUUCUUGCAAGCUGUUGAAAGUGUUUCGAAUAUUCGAGAUUAUGUCCAACUCAACAAGUCCAACCUAGAGCUGUGCGUUGCAUACGACGCUUGUUUGGCGAUGCUAAGGACCCUGCGGGACAAACACAUCCAGAUGGUGUCCAGAUACAUUAUUGUGAAGAGCCGAGAGUCUCGCAGUCUGAGCAGAACAAGAAGAGAAAGUAGUUCAGACCACGCUCCCAUGACGAGAGGGAAAGGAAUCGCUUCCAUUCGCUAUGACCAGUCCAGUGCUGGCGAACAAGCUCAAAAGAAGAAGAAAAUGCGUGGCACGGGAGGAACGGCUCUCAUACCCUUCUUGAAACAAGCUAGAGACGAGACUGGCGAACCUGCCAUUGAUGAGUGGGCUAGGAAGCUCCUUACGGGUGGCCGGCGGACGGCUGCGGAUGCCGAAAUUGCAUAUGAAAGCAGACUUACAGCUGCUGACUUGGAUGCAGACGAACCCCAGAUCGUUGGUUUGGCUGGUGCCUGGAGUAUGGAAGAUGCAGGCGGUGGUCUUUGUGCUUACUAG